CCUCACUUCAGUUCAUGCACUGCUAGCUCUGUUCACGUACACUGGAGAUGAUAGUGAGGAUUUCUUUUUGCCUAUAGGUAUAUUAAUCCCAGAUUAACAACUGCAGGAUUACAGUGGUCUGAUUAAUGAUGCUUCCCAGCAUCUUGCUUGUGACUAUCCAUUAUUCUAUGUAGUACAAGAAAACCACCACCACCACCACCCUGAUUCUUAUGGUUGUACUUUAGGAAGGUCUGGAAAGUUUUGGAGUGAUGUGGAAAUAGAAGAGGGUAGUUUUCCAUGCAUGUGUAAUAGCUAGGUCUGCUUGAGGCAAUAGAAGAAGAGAGGUCAAACUGUGUGGUUUAAUCAGCUUAGGACGGAUUCUGCUGAUGAAUUAAAAUCCCGUAACUAGUUACAAGGAAUCUGGAAAGAGAUUUGGCUGGAGAGUCUGCUGCCACUACAGGAGAUCAGGAGGCACUCGUAACAAAACAAUGCCAGCAAUUAAUAUAGAGGAUCUGAGCGAAAAGGAUAAACUGAAAAUGGAAGUGGAGCAGCUCCGGAAAGAAGCAAAGUUGCAAAGACAACUGGUUUCUAAAUGUUCAGAAGAAAUAAAAAAUUACAUUGAAGAAAGAUCUGGAGAAGACCCUCUUGUGAAAGGUAUUCCUGAAGACAGGAAUCCCUUUAAAGAGAAAGGAGGAUGUAUUAUUGCUUAGAAGAACAAGACCAUCUUGAAACUGAAAUUUAAAGUCCUCACACACACAAAAAUCUAGUCAGGGUUAACUUCCAGGGGCUCUGAGCCGACUGCUUAGGAGAACAGAAAUGCUGGUUUAUAAUUUCAUUCCUUGAUGUGUUACUGUUUUUUAAUCUCCUGAAUAUGCUAGUUUGAAUUUGAAGAAAUCUAUUUGUAUAACUCAUUUGUAUAACUAUUUGUAUAACUGUAUAACUACAGUGUUAUUUUGGUAAUACAUGGAGAAAAAUCCCUGUUUUGCAGAAUACAGAACCUAAAUUCAAUAGCAGCACAAUGCAUGUAAAAAUAGGAUUUUGUUAAUAUAAGCAACAAAACCUUGACAAUGUAA